AUGAACAAAAUUAUUCUCCAGUUCCUUGUACUGGGAAUCUGCAUCGCCAUCGGCCAAGCUCUGCAAUGCUACAAAUGCAAAAUUGGCGCGUGGGGCAUGUGCAUAACCACUAAAACCCAUUGUGCAGCCGGAGAGCAAUGCUUCAGUGGUGCUGGGACGGCAGUCGCCGGCGUCAUGGAUAUAAUUCAGAAGGGCUGUCUAGCGAAGGUUGAGUGCAACAAGAUCACGGACAAGGGCGCUUUGAACAUCGCCAACGCCACUCUCUACACCAUAACCAAGACGUGCUGCGACACUGACCUCUGCAAUGGAGCGCCCGGUCUGCCCGGGACCUCCGGGCUCAGCCUGGCCCUCGCCACCGUCACGGCUCUGCUCAUGGCCCAAAUCCUGGUUUGACAGAAGACACAGUGGAUACUGGAUCACACCAACCACACACACGCAUGAACACACACAUUUCAUAUUGUACACACAUAAUAACUACCAGGGUUAAAUUGAAUGCCCACCUCAGACAUGAGCUCUGUUGUUUGUAACGUCAGAGAUUGUUUUUCUUCUCUUCACACACUCUGUCUUUAUUGAUCUCCGGGUCCUUUUUCAUUACACAUAAAUGC